ACUCUCUCCCAACAACAAAGUGACUUAGGCUGAUAGUUGUUUUAUUUGAAGAGAUUGUUUUAGAGAGAGAAAGUGAGGAGAGAGAGAGAGAGAUGGUUAUGGAGGAAAGUGAAACGCCGAGAAGCCCGGAAGCGAAACUGGGUAUGCAAGUUGAGGAUCUGUGGGAUGUACAAGAGCCGCAACUCAGCCCUACUGAUAAGCUCAACGCUUGUUUUGAAAGCAUCCCUGUUUCUGCUUUCCCCCAUGCUCCUUUAUCACAAGUUAUUGAAAUAAAUUCGGACACGAGUCUGGCAGAAGCUGUCAAAUUACUUGCGCGUCACAAAGUACUCAGUGCUCCCGUCGUAGAUGUGAAAGCGCCCGAAGAUGCCAGCUGGAUCGACAGAUACAUAGGCGUCGUUGAAUUUGCUGGCAUUGGUGUGUGGAUCUUACAUCAGUCGGAAAAGCUGGAAGGCAGUUCAGCGUUUGAUUCGGCCAUGAAUGGGUCAGGGGAUGAUAUCGGACCGGCAGUUGCAGCGGCAGCCGCUAGCGGGAUGUCUUCACCGAGGUUUAAAAGCAUGCACCCGGAUUCUCCUACUGCUACUUGUGGAAAGUUUUUCGAGACUCUUACUUCCUCUGACUUCUACAAAAACACUAAGGUUGGUGAUAUAUCAGGAUCUUUCCGGUGGGCCCCGUUUCUCGCAUUGCAAAAGGCCAACUCGUUCUUAACAAUGCUCCUACUUCUAUCCAAGUACAGAAUGAAGAGUGUUCCUGUCGUUGAUUUAGGUGAAGCAAAAGUCGACAAUAUCAUCACUCAAAGCGCCGUUAUCCACAUGCUCGAAGAAUGUGCUGGCCUUCAUUGGUUCGAAAGCUGGGGUUCGAAAAAGCUGUUCGAAUUAGGUCUUCCUUUAAUGAAAUCCAGCCACAUAGUAAAGGUGUACGAGGACGAGCCUGUACUGCAGGCGUUUAAACUGAUGAGGCAGAACGGAGUUGGAGGUGUGCCGGUGGUUGCAAGUGGCGGAAGUAAGGCGGUCGGUAAUAUUAGCAUUAGAGAUAUUCAAUUCCUUCUCAUGGCACCGGAAAUCUACAACGAAUACAGAUCUAUCACUGCGAAGAACUUUGUGACGACAGUGAGAAGGUAUCUAGAAGAGCAUCAAAACGAGUCACCGUUUCUAAGCGGUAUGGUCACAUGCAAGAAGGACGACACACUAAAAGAAGUUAUAACAAAACUCGAUUCUAUGAAGAUCCACCGUAUUUAUGUGGUGGACGAAGAUGGAAAUUUGGAAGGAGUUAUUACGCUGAGGGACAUAAUAUCGAAGCUCGUGCACGAGCCUCGGGGGUAUUUUGGGGAUUUCUUCGAUGGGGUCUUGCCCCUGCCUGCCAACAGCCGGGUCUAAUAAAGCCUCACUUUGCUAUAUAUCUAACUUUGUGUUUUUUCGAAAAUAAAAUAAAAUAAGAUGCGUGUUUCGAAACGGAAGUGUUUUGAUGUGAGACUUUUUUUCUUGUAAGUAUAGGUUGAUUUUUGUCUUGUCUAAUAAUGGUGUCUUGUUGAGGACCAUGUUAUUUUGUUUGGAAGAUUUUUAAUUUGUUAUCUACAUUGUCGGCUUUUUCUUGCAAA